AUGUCAUGGGCACACCGAAAGGAAACGCACAAAGUUUACAGACAGAAGCUGGAGGAGCUGACGAACCUGCAGGCCAUAUGCAGCAGUGCCAUUAGCAAACAGAGAAAAGGCCUGAAAGACCUCAAGCAGAGCCUUUAUAAGUGUAAGAAAAGUUGCAACGGUAAAGAUUCGGAGGUGAUAAAUGACCUGCAGGUCCAAAUUAAAGAAAGACAGAAUGUCUUUUUUGACAUGGAGGCCUAUUUGCCAAAGAGGAACGGGUUGUACCUAAAUUUGGUCCUUGGAAAUGUGAAUGUAACACUUCUCAGCAAUCAAGCCAAGUUUGCGUACAAAGAUGAAUAUGAGAAGUUCAAACUUUAUAUGACGAUAAUCCUAAUGUUUGGUGCCGUCACCUGCCUCUUCCUUUUGAACUACCGGGUCACAGACGAAAUCUUCAACUUUUUAUUGGUGUGGUAUUAUUGCACAUUGACAAUAAGAGAGAGUAUCCUCAGAAGCAAUGGCUCACGAAUUAAAGGAUGGUGGGUGUCACAUCACUACGUCUCAACUUUUUUAUCAGGUGUCAUGUUGACAUGGCCAGAAGGUCCCAUGUAUCAGAUGUUCAGAAGUCAAUUCCUGGCUUUCUCCAUUUAUCAGAGUUGUGUGCAGUUUCUUCAGUAUUAUUAUCAGAGCGGCUGCUUAUAUCGGUUACGGGCUCUGGGGGAAAGAAACCAGCUGGACCUGACAGUGGAGGGGUUUCAGUCCUGGAUGUGGAGAGGCCUCACUUUCCUCCUUCCUUUUCUAUUCUUUGGCCAUUUUUGGCAGCUCUACAAUGCUGUGACUCUUUUCAGACUGUCUGCUCUUGACGACUGCAAGGAGUGGCAGGUCUUCAUGUUGGCCUUGACGUUUCUCGUGCUGUUCCUGGGAAAUUUCCUCACGACUCUGAAAGUGGUUCAUCAGAAGCUCCUGAAGAACAAAGACAAGGUGAAAAACAACUGAGUCUCUGCGUCAGACUGAUACUCAAAAGCGCACAAAACUCUUUCGUCCCUCCAACGGUUUGAGGGAGAUGUUGACGUCUCCUCCAACUCGUUAGGAGACUCAAGUUUCCGUGUCACGUCGCCCUGCGUUCUGCUGUGUUGUUUUUGCUCUUUUUCACAUCAUCUCAAGCAACGUUUGGGCUCAGAAACCCACUGACAAACUUCAGACACUGUAUACCCAAUAUGUGAGGAUUGUUUCGUUCCUGUGCAUGGAUAUGUUUACAAAAAAAGCCACUUUUAUACUUUAUGCAAUGCAGCAGGAAGGCUGUAGAAGUGCGCACUCUCAAAGGGAUUCGUUAGCGUUCAUAAUAAAGCUGUUAAUUAAAAACACUUGCAUUUCAGCUGCAGCAGACGUUACAUAUAUGUGGGAAAGCAUUGAUACUUAAUGCCACUUGAAGGGAAGGGUGUGUUUUGCACGUCGUGGCUUGUUAGUACUGUUUCAGCAAGGCUAACUUCUUGAAUUUAGGUCACAUGAUGAACGUGGGGAUUUAUGUUUUUAACAAUGGCAAUAAAGUAACACUUUCGUAGUAUGUUUGAGUCAAAAUCACGCCUCUGGUAAUUGUCCACCUUUUGUGUUUGAAGGCAUAAACGUGUGACUUUAUUUUAAAGAGCCCCUAUUAUGCAUUAUAAAAGGUCAUAUUUUAGUUUUGGGGGUCUCCAACAGCAAGCU